UGCGCCGCACGUGUGCGAGCGUGGUGGCAGCGAGUCCUCUGGGGUGCAGAGCGAGAUCCGGCCGCGCCGCGUAUGCUCCCGGGCGCUCUCCGCCGCCUGCUCCGCGUGACUUUGGCCUGGGUAGCCCCCUUGUGCUCCGAGCGCGGCUCGGGCCUCCUGGCCACCCCCCCUCGCUCCAGAGCUCCGGGUUCUCUUAAAUGUCUUCUUGGAGUCUCAAACAUGGAAGUGACUGGCACGUCUCUGAAACGUGGGUACCUUGUGGUCGAAGGUGAUGACUGUGUGGGCCGAGCUGAGGAGGUAAAAAAACAGAAGAUCUCAGAAUGCUGCCUUCUCAAAGCGGAAGGUGGGCUGGACAGUGACUGUCUGCCCAGCAGCGAAACAGAGCCCCAGCCACGAGAAGAUGUCGGUGCUGGGAAAGGUGAAAAGAAUUCGGGCGCCCAGCUGGAGGCAGAGGAGGAGGAAGAUGGCUUUUCAGAGGAGGGAGAGGAAGAAGAAGAAGCAGAGAGCUUUGCAGAAAUGAUGAAGCAUGGGCUCACCGAGCUUGAUGUGGGCAUCACCAAGUUUGUGAGUUCCCAUCAAGGGUUCUCAGGGAUCUUGAAAGAAAGAUAUUCUGACUUCGUUGUUCAUGAAAUAGGAAAAGAUGGGCGGAUCAGCCAUUUGGAUGAUUUGUCUGUUCCAGUGGAUGAGGAGGAUCCUUCAGAAGAUGUGUUUACAGUUUUGACAACUGAAGAAAAGCAGCAAUUAGAGGAGCUCCAGCUUUUUAAAAAUAAGGAAACCAGUGUUGCCAUUGAGGUUAUUGAGGACACCAAAGAGAAAAGAACCGUCAUCCAUCAAGCCAUAAAAUCUCUAUUUCCUGGACUAGAGACAAAAACAGAGGACAGAGAAGGGAGGCGAUACAUUGUAGCCUACCACGCAGCUGGGAAGAAGGCCCUGGCAAAUCCAAGGAAACAUUCUUGGCCGAAAUCUAGGGGAAGUUACUGCCACUUUGUUCUGUAUAAGGAAAACAAAGACACCAUGGAUGCUAUUAAUGUACUGUCUAAAUAUUUAAGAGUCAAGCCAAACAUAUUCUCUUACAUGGGAACCAAAGAUAAAAGAGCGAUAACAGUCCAAGAGAUCGCUGUUCUCAAAAUAUCUGCACAGAGACUUGCCCACCUGAAUAAGUGCUUGAUGAACUUUAAGCUAGGAAAUUUCAGCUAUCAGAAAAACCCUCUGAAAUUGGGAGAGCUCCAAGGAAAUCACUUCACUGUAGUUCUCAGAAAUAUAACCGGAACUGAUGACCAAGUCCAGCAAGCUAUGAACUCUCUGAAGGACAUUGGAUUUAUUAACUACUACGGAAUGCAAAGAUUUGGAACAACAGCUGUCCCUACAUACCAAGUUGGAAGAGCUAUUCUUCAAAAUUCCUGGACAGAAGUCAUGGAUUUAAUACUAAAACCCCGUUCUGGAGCUGAAAAAGGGUAUUUGGUUAAAUGCAGGGAAGAAUGGGCGAAGACCAAAGACCCAGCUGCUGCCCUCAAAAAACUACCUGUCAAAAGGUGUGUGGAGGGGCAGCUGCUUCGAGGACUUUCAAAAUAUGGAAUGAAGAAUAUAGUCUCUGCAUUUGGCAUAAUACCAAGAAACAAUCGCUUAAUGUAUAUCCAUAGCUAUCAAAGUUAUGUGUGGAAUAACAUGGUGAGCAGGAGGCUAGAGGACUAUGGACUGAAACCUGUCGCAGGGGACCUAGUGCUCAAAGGAGCCACAGCCACCUAUAUUGAGGAGGAAGAUGUUCAUAAUUAUUCAAUUCAUGAUGUGGUGAUGCCCUUGCCUGGUUUUGAUGUGAUCUACCCAAAGCAUAAAAUUAGUGAAGCCUACAGAGAAAUGCUGACUGCAGACAACCUCGAUAUUGACAACAUGAGACACAAAAUCCGAGACUAUUCCUUAUCAGGGGCCUAUCGAAAGAUCAUUAUUCGUCCUCAGAAUGUCAGCUGGGAAGUCGUUGCAUAUAAUGACCCUAAAAUUCCACUUUUCAAUACCGAUGUGGACAACCUAGAAGGGAAGCCACCACCAGUUUUUGCUUCUGAAGGCAAAUACAGGGCUCUGAAAAUGGAUUUUUCGCUUCCUCCUUCUACUUACGCUACCAUGGCCAUUCGAGAAGUGCUAAAAAUGGAUACCAGCAUCAAGAACCAGACUCAGCUGAACACAACCUGGCUCCGCUGAGCAGUGUUUGCUCCACAUGCAGACAAGUAUUUGCUUCCUGUUAAGGCAGAACGCCCAUAUAUGGAUUUGAAUCUUCAUAGUAAAGGAUUAUUUGUACUUUUUAAAGUUUUUAUUAGCUUAAGGAAAUAAUUUGCAAUGUUUAUACAUACACAGAAAUCCUGAGCAUCGUAAUAUUAACUCGAAGAAUAUAAAUUGGUCAGAAUAUACUUUAGGUGCUUAAAUCAUAAUCAGAUAUCAGUUUUGCAGAUUUUAUAAUGAUAAAAAGACUUUGGUUUUAAAAGUAUUGAAUAGCAAA